UGGCGUCUGUUUGAUUGUGUGUGUGUGUAUAGUGGCAGCUGACGCGAGGAAAAUAAUGGGAUCAUUAUUUUUUUAUUUUCAUCCUGAUACUCAAAAAUAAAGCUACUCAGUUUACGAAAUGCGAUAUUUGAGUUGGGGGCGGACGUCCUGCUGUUGCAUUUCAAGACAAAAAUGACGAAAAAAAAGUGGGUUUAAAUGCAGUUGUCAUUUCAUGUCAAUUAACUCACAUGCGAUCAACAGAAGUAAUGUGAAUGUGCUAAUGAAUCUUCAUUAUGUGGAUUCUUGAGAGGUUCAGACUGUAAUUUAUGCAAUGGUCAGACACUGAAGCAUGGCCAAGAAGACGGAGGCCAUGCGUGGUUUUAAUGUGUCUGUUGUGGGGUUGUCAGGCACAGAGAAGGAUAAAGGACAAGCUGGAGUUGGCAAAUCUUGCCUGUGCAAUAGGUUCAUGCGCUCACUUGCUGAUGAUUAUAGUGUUGAUCACAUAUCUGUUCUAAGCCAGACUGAUUUCAGUGGACGUGUUGUAAAUAACGAUCAUUUUUUGUACUGGGGUGAAGUUACCAAAUGUUCUGAAGAAAGUAUCGAUUUCCUCUUUCAAGUGAUUGAACAAACAGAAUUUAUAGAUGACGCGUCUUUUCAGCCUUUCAAAGGAAGUAAAAUGGAGCCGUAUGUAAAGAGAUGUAGUGCAACAAAACUGACUUCUGCUGAAAAACUGAUGUACAUAUGCAAGAAUCAAUUAGGCAUUGAAAAAGAAUAUGAACAAAAAGUAUUACCAGAUGGUAAAAUAAGUAUUGACGGUUUCCUGUGUUUGUAUGAUGUGAGUGUUGUACCAGGUAGGACAAUUGAGAAACAAACAGAAAUAGUUACAGCAAUUUUAAACAAUUUGAUAAAAACGAAGAAACCUAUUGUGCUUGUUACAACUAAAAAUGAUGAUGCCAAUGAAACAUAUGUAAAGGAAGCAGAACGACUUGUAGCCAGAAAAGAAUACAAAGGUGCAAUUCCUUUAGUGGAAACAUCUGCCCAUGAAAAUAUCAAUGUAGAUUUAGCAUUUAUUGUCUUAGCUCAGUUAAUUGACAGGACCAAAGGAAGAACAAAAAUUUUGCCAUAUGUAGAGGCAGCUAGAAUUAGGAAAGAAAUUCUUGAACAGUGCACGGAAGCAUAUCAGCGUUUAAUACGUUUACACGUUAAUGAUUAUAGAGCAGUUUGGAGCUAUACUUCAAAAAAGCUUGCACAGCAAGAAGACUUUAUUCGUUUUGUUGAGCUGUUUGGUUUGGAUUGUUCCCAACGACUUUUUCGGCGAUACGUGAAAAAGCUGAAAGAUGAACAUUUAGCAAAGAGAGUCCAGGGCUAUAUGGACAUGCUUCCUGAAAUUUUGCAAGAAAUGGUUCCUGAUAUUUCUUCUCUUCGAGACAGAGAUUGGCCGGCUGUACAACUUCGUCUCAAAGAGCAUCCAGAUUUUAGCCAGUAUUUUUAUGAAUGCCCAGACGAUAUUCCAUGGACAGAAUGUGACCUGACAGAUGUGUCAGAAACACGGAUUCCAUUUGAAGUAUUAGACACAAGUGAAGCAGAAACAGUCUUCAAGAACCAUGUGAAUGCAUUGCAGCAAGAGCAGAAAAGAUUAGAGUGGAAGAAGCAGUUCAAGCAGUUACUUGAGGACACAGGUUAUGUCACUCCAGGUAAACUUUUAUCAGAGGUCCAGGUGCUUUUUAUGGGUCGAGAAUGUUUUGAGGCCCUGUCUGAACAAGAUCGCCAACAAAUAUAUGAUCAGCACCAAAAAGAAAUUGUGGAGAAGGCAAAGCACAAUUUCCAGGAACUACUGUUGGAACAUGCAGAUUUAUUUUACCACUUCAAAAGCAUUGCACCUACUGGAACGAUAACACAGGCUGAUAUUAAGGAAAUAACUGAUGCUUUGCAGGAUGACUCCAGGUACAAAGCAUUAGACAGACUUGAUCAAGAUAGAAAACUGAUGCUUUUCCAACACUUAGGAUUUGUACAUUGUCCUAUUAGAGAGCAUUGUCCAGCCUUCCCCAACUGUAUGGAUGCUCUCAUAGAACGAAUCUUAGGAACAAAAGCUCAUAGGCCAUCCUCUUGGAACCACAACAGCCAGUGGAUCCUAAAUUCUGACAAUAAUCAGCUGAAUCUUGUUAUCCUAGGGAUUGAUGGACUAGCAGAGGAGUUAGCGAAUGAUAUUCGGGAACAGUGUGAUGAUGAUGAAUAUGAAAUAGACUGUAAUUUGUACAGUUUGGAUUAUAGAAUUAUUGAUGGUGAUGUUAGUUUACCCCAGAAUUCUUUCAAGACUUCAAAAUUCUUGCCAAAUGGGUGCUUUUGUGUGUAUUCCAAUCAAGAAUCAUUUGAAUAUGUCCGAGAUAGUUUGGAAAAAACUCUGCUCUCCAAUUUAGAGCAAGAAGAUCGUUUACCAUUUCAAGGUUUACCAAUUGUGAUUUUAUUUGUCGCUGAUCAGUCAGUUGAUGAGAAAGAGGUGCUGAGGUUACAAGAAGAAGGACAAAAUUUGGCUGAUAGUUUACAGUGUCCCUUCAUUGGUGUAUCUGUGGAUGAGAUGGAUCCAUCACAACGGUUUAGUCCUCCAUUGAUAGCAGAAGCACUGCGGCAGCUGAUACAAAGUAUCCAUCACAGAGCAGGCUUUAUAAAUGUCUACCAGUCUGUAUUGGAGUGUUCAGAACCUGAUAUCAGGAUUAUAAUGUGCAUGUUUUGUGGUGAUCCAUAUUCUGUAGAAAAUAUUUUGGGGCCUCUUUUGAGUCACCAGUGCUGCUUUUUAAGUGGAGAUCGAAGUAUAAUUUUAGAAACUUUUUUGGGUGACUCUAAACGCAAAGUUGAGGUUAUCAUUUCUUCAUUCCAUGGUGCCAAUGCAUUUCGUGAGGAAUUGGUCCAUGGCUUCAUCCUAGUCUACUCAACCAAGCGGAAAGCCUCUCUCGCAACUCUCAAUGCAUUCUCAAUGAACAUUCCAAAUUUGCCAAUACAAAUUCUAGCUGUUACUGAUACUGGUGGGGCAAAUGCAUUCUUUAGUAGUGAUCUGAGUCAUUUACUAAUAACUGAGGGAAAUGCUACAGCUGAUAGACUUCAGGCACAUUUUAUGACUUCUACAUCAUCGUGUCAGCAGAAAACUGCCUUUUACACACCAUUCUUCAAGGAAGUUUGGGAGAAGAAACCUGAAAUAGAGCAAGCAUUCCACAUGGAAGAGCCGGUCAAUUUGAAUGACUGCAGUGAGGGCACAUUGGACCACCAGUCGCGUCAUCCACUUCCUCCUCCACGGCAUGAGAGUUACCUUAUCAAGACCGUUGAAUCAAAUGAAGGGAGUGGGUCAGAGAUCUAUGAAAGACUUCCUACAGAUGCAUCAUUGGCAGAUGAUCUGAAUGAACCUUUGUCAUCAACAUUCCCAGAAGACCGUUUACUUAGCCCUAGUGAUGACAGUGAGAUCUAUUCCCAUGUAGAUAUGUAUGGAAGAGACAAUGAACCUCUCCUUAAAUCAAGAGAGACGAAGAAUGCAGAUAAAUUGCAACAAGAUUUUCAGGUGUACCCCCAACCCACCACUCCUCCAGAGCCAGCACCUCCAGACCACAUCCCUCAUCGCCUGCUGAAGCCACCUAUUCUGGCUGCGGGUUCUCAUACCAGCUUGGAAGAUACAACAUCUGACAUAAGUGAUUCACGGGACUCUCUGGUGACACGUGAUUCAGAUAGAGAAGACGGUGUUUGGAUGUCAAGUUACCAACAACACGCCUUCACCACUGGCAGGCGGCAUAUGCCAGUGACCAAGACAAGGCCUAAAGGAAGCAGUCAAACACUAAAGCAACCAGGCAAACUGAAUUUAAAGGAUUUCUCGCUUGUAACAGAUGCAAUAGCUAGAAUGAAUGUUGCUGGCCGUGAAAGUACAGUGAACAAACUCACCAAACAGGCAGGUUUCGGACAUGCGCCUUUGGCAACACCAGAAAAUGUUGAUUUGGGUUCUGAAUAUGCUCAAGUCAAGGAUGCUGUACCCGGCCUUUAUUCUUCAUAUGAUGGAGAGUAUGCAUAUACUUUAGUGCAAGAUGCUGUUGGAACCAACAAUAAAUCAAAACUGAGGCAGAGAAGAGAAAAGGGUCAACCCUCAUAUUCUGAUUCUGACAGUGACUGGAGUUCUCUUGAACGGAGGCAGAGAGCAGCAGAUGCCUACUGCAAAGUAAAUCGAAAGCCUACUCCACAUAAAAGGAUGCGAAAGAAACGUACAGCCAUCCCUGUUCCAACACCUAGAGUGCCAUCUUCUCAACCAUCAGUAACUGCUGAAAAUCUUAAUAUAGCAAACUACCAAUUGAAAGAUGAACAGUCACGCUGUGCAUGUGAUUCCAGUGAAAAAGUUGCAAGUGAAAGUCCGUCAGAUUUUAGUGAUGCAAGUGACCCAGAGCUUUCUGGAUCAGCAACGCAGACACAUUACAAGUAUCCCAAACAUUCCAUACGUAUGAAAAAAAAGGCAGCAAACAUUGCUUCAUCAGGAAUGAUUAACUCAUCUGAGCAUCGUAGCUCAGUUCAGCGGCCAUUCCCUCCUCAUUUAACAUCGGAUUCAGAUAUUUUAGCAAAUGCAAAAGUGAAAAGUGAAGUUCCCUAUGGCACUUGUCAAGAUGAAGAAUCAAGCCUAGAUGUGUCAUCACCAAGGGAUGUCAAUUCUUCUGCGGUAAAAGACUGUGACAAAGCAUCUCGCAGAAAGGAUAAACAAAAACUGAAAUCAGAUGAAAAGCAGGAGAAAAGACGCAUCAAGGAAGAGAAACUUAAGAAGCUGGCUGAAAAGGAAAAAGAGCGUGAUAAGAAGCGCUCUAAACAGAAAGUGAAAAGUAGCCCAGUUACUCAUCAGGCAACUUUACAAGACUUUGCGCAGUCGGAAAGUAAUUAUAUCCCUUUGCUAUUGGAAAAAUGUGUUAGGUUCAUAGAAGAAGAAGGCCUUGACUCAGAGGGAAUUUACAGAGUUCCUGGAAAUCGAGCACAUGUAGAUCUCCUCUUCCAGAAAUUUGAAGAAGAUCCUAAUUUUGAUAUCCGUGAGCUUGACAUUCCUGUGAAUGCUGUUGCUACUGCACUGAAGGAUUUCUUCUCGAAGCGAUUGCCACCACUUUUGACACAAGAUAUGCUAGCUGAGCUUGAAGAUAUCUCUGGGGCGAGAAGAAUCAACAAGCAAGUUUCUACUGCAUACCUAAAUCUUGAAGUCAUCACUGACAGAAGCUGCCGACUGUUAGCAUUACGUGCUCUGUUGAAGAAACUUCCAGGAGUAAACUUUGAAGUGCUCAAGUUUAUAUUCCAACAUUUUGUCAAGGUCUCUGAGAACUGCAAGUUAAACAGCAUGGACUCAAAAAAUCUUGCCAUAUGCUGGUGGCCAACUCUUUUGCCGAUAGAAUUCAGUGACAUGGGAAGAUUUGAGCAGAUGAGGCCACACUUAGAAGAUAUUGUGCAGACUAUGAUUGACCAGUAUCCAUUUUUGUUUUGUGGAAAAGAAGCUUUUGUAAUGGUCUGAGACAGGUUUUAAUGCAGUGCAUAAUUUUGUGAGGGUGAAUUAAUGAUUACAAAGGUGAAAUAGCAGUGCUUUUUUUCCAGAUAAACUCAGUGUUCUUUCCGUUUGCGUAUGUCUUGUGAGCUGUUGUUGCACUACAUUGUGGUACCCUACAGAUUAAAAUAAACAAAUACACACACACACACA